AUGAUCAACCACAACAAACAACUGAUACCACAACCACAACCACAACCACAACCACAACCGAGGAAAAAAAGAACAGCCACAGGUCUAAUGGAUAUAACAGAGCCACAAGAAGUUGAAUUUAACAGUCUUGGUCAGCAUUGUGGCCAUAAGCAAAAUAAGUUCGCCAAUGACUGCGGGGUUGUUACGAGAAAGUUAAUUUCUAUCGAGUAUCCGACUUGGAAGAAAGUGCCAGCAAAUGAAAAGGAGAACUUAUGUUUGACCAUCAAGAAACGUUGGAAUAUCCAUGAUGAAAAACGUAGAGCAUAUGUGCUUAUGACUUGCAACCACAAGUGGAGAUCAUACAAGAAGAGGCUUAAAAAGAAUUUCUUGACCAAUGAGAGAAACCCACUUGAAACCUACUCAUAUCUGGAGAAGACUGCAUUGCAAAAAUUUAAGGAAAGGAUAUCAUCAAAGGAAUUCCAGGAUAUAAGUGAGAAAGCAAAGAUGAGUUCAAUGUGUAAUACAAAUCCAGCCCGAGUAGGCCCACAUGGUUAUCGGGGCAACAAACCUAAGUGGGAACAAGAGAAGGCAUCGGGUGAGCUGCCGCCACAGUUGUAUGAGAUAAAAAGCGAGCGUUCAUUAGAUUAUGUGUUGGGGAGAAGAUCUAAAAAUGAGUCAGGGUCAAAAAUAAUACCACCUAACAUGGAACCCAUAGUAAAAAAGCUUAUAGAUGUCCAAAAAGAAAUAUCCAACGGUGAUUUGUUGCCGGGUCCCGGAGAGGAUUUGUUGACUAUGGCUAUAGGGCCGGAGCACCCUGGUCGCACUAGGGCGGUGGGGCAUGAUAUCGGCUUAAGAAAGGGGAUGCAAGGAAUUGAAAAAAAAAGAGGAAAGCCGUGGACAAAGAAGUUGUUAACUAUUACUCAUUGUGAUUUGGUGUUACCUUAUGGUGAUAUGAACCAAAAAUGUGCCAGAGGGAUGGUCUUUCCUUAUAAUGAUGGGUUAAUUCACUCACUUCCUCUACGCGAAAAUCACUUGAAGGUUAUGAUAGACAACAUUGAUGAAAGAUAUAAAGGUGUUCCUGUUCCUGUGAUGACAAAUGAAGUUGGUAUCCUAGAAGAUGCAGUUGGCACUGUAAUUCAAUGGCCGCGGAUCGCAGUUGUUCUUAGUAAGACCAACCUAGUGGUUCAUGUAGUAGCCGAUGCUGGACAUCUCGAAGCUGGGGCGUUUGAUUUUUCAGUUACAUACGAAGAAUAUUAUCGUUUGUUGAAAAAACAAACAACUGAUUUGUCCAUCAUAACAACUUGGCAGAUCCUUCUACACUUAAUGCUUCGGAAACGUAUGGGAAAAUGUGCUUUCCUAAACCCAUAUAAGAUUCUUGGGAAAGCAUGUCAGGAAACUCCGAUUGAUGUCGUCAAUUAUCUCGUUGAUGCGAUGCAACUUCAUCAUGGAAAAUCGUUUCUUAUCGCACCAUACCUGCAAAAUACGCAUUGGGUCCUCUUGGUGAUUUGCCCUUCAAAUCAUAUUGUAUACAUUUUGGAUUCUCUAAUGAAGCCUAUGAAAAAUCUUGUUGACAACUACCAUCUGCUCAAACAUAUGGAAAAGGCUUUUGAGAGGUAUGAAAAGAACACAUCAAUUCCAAUUGUAUGGAAGCUCACUGAGUGCAACCAAGUCGGUGUAUUGGAGCGUGAGCUGAGUGGGCAUUAUAUAAUGAAUUGGAUCUUUAAUUUUGUGUUGAACAGACAACAUGGAUUUCCGAGUAGAUUAAGUACUUCUUAA